CUAGCAAUUUGUUCCUUCCUGCCUAUCACACAAUGCGCUCCACUGCCCUCAAGAUCUCAACCUUGGUCGCCGUUGCCGCUGCCUUCAAGAUUCAGAGUAAUAAUCCAGCAUUCCAAGCGGCUGGCAGAGAAGGAUGUAUCUCUGCAUCUUUGCUCACUGACGGUGCGCCUGUUGUAAUCCAUGACUGCAACACGGAAGAUUCCUCCGCCCACGAUUGGGCUUUCAGUCGAUUCACCACAGUAAAUGCUCCACCUCAACCGCUCAGCAUUAUUGGUAACGGGGUACUCAUCUCUUCCUUUUUUUUUCCGACACCAUCAUGGCGGAGCUGACUUUCACUUCAAGUGUUUGGACGUAACAGACGGUAUCAACGCCGAUGGUACCAAACUCCAAGUCUGGGCCUGCGUUAACGGAAGCACGAACCAGCAAUGGAUAUCCACUACCGAUCUCACAUUCCAAUGGGCCGGAACGAACAAAUGUAUCGACCUCACAGACGGUAAUAUCACCGACGGGAACCAACUUCAAAUAUGGACUUGCGACUCGAACAACUCGAAUCAGAAGUGGACCGUCAACCCCAUUCAACCCCCGCCAACUCAUAAUCAACUUCUAGCAGUUGGAGGUCCUCAGCAUAUUACUUCCCAGUGUAUGACAGCAUCUGUCAACGCUGACGGGGCUAGAGUCGCGCUCGCCCGUUGCGUCGAUACAGCAUCCACGUUCCCCGGUGGGAAUUACACAUGGGUCCUCCCGAGUCCUGGAACCACUGGACAGAUUAAAACCUUCGACGGGACGAAAUGCCUUGACGUUCGUGCUGGAGACGGGUCUAAUGGGAACACACUCCAGGUUUGGUCAUGUAGUGAAGGAAAUAUCAAUCAGCUUUGGAAUAUCGACAUCGACGGCCCUUCGGGAAGUUGAUUAAUUGGGCCGGGCAGAGUAGUAAAUGUGUAGAUAUCAAGGAUGGUCAGUUUGAAGCUGGAAAUGAUCUUCAGAUCUGGGAUUGCGACGUUAAUAACCGUAACCAAUGGUGGAGUGCGACCAUCUUCGAGUAACUGUAAACUACUGCCGCAGACGCUAGGUUCAAGUUUCUGUACAUACAUUUUCCUGGAAGUUCCUACUUCAAGUUUGAUCUCAAGGAUACUCACAGUUGUCGUUUACCGUUAACACUGUAGCCUGUAGUAGUGAGAAUCCCAGCUACUCCCACGCGUUGAACUUGAGACGUUGUUAUAGGACGCGAGAGGACAGCACCGUUAUAGUUCUGAGUGGUGAGGCUAAAGCGAGAUUGGGGUUGUAGGAAGGAACACACACAACAACUAUGUACUUCAAUUCAUUCCUU